AUGAAUUGUUUAUGUUCUGAAGAGAUACGAGCUCAAAAUCUUCAAAAUAAAAGAUUGGAAAGAAAUCUGCAAAUUCACAAACGUAAAUAUAAUAAACAAAUAAAAUUGCUGUUAUUGGGCACGAAGGGAUCUGGUAAAUCUACAUUUAUACGUCAAAUGCGCUACGAGACUCAUAUGCCAUACGAUUCCACGAAAUAUGUGGGCAUUAUAAUUCAAAAUAUAUUCUACGCAAUGCAAACCAUGAUCGAAGCAAUGAAAGUUUUUCAGAUACCCUAUAAGACUAAAGUGAAUGCAGUAAAAAAUUCGUAUAUUAUACAAAUGGUACAAUUGAACAAUACGAUAACAUUUACUAAUGUCUUAUUGACGGCUUUAAAGGAACUUUGGGCAGAUGCUGGCAUACAGGAAUGUUUUAUGCGUGGUCAUCAGUAUGGUCUACUAGACUCAACGAAAUAUUUUUUCAGUCAUCUAGAUCGUAUUGCCAAUCCACAUUAUACACCCAGCAUCCAGGAUAUUUUACGAGCACGUAUACCAUCAAAAGGCUUUCAAGAACAUGUGUUUAAAUAUAAAAAUGUUGAAUUCCUUAUAGCCGAUGUGGGCUAUCAAAGUACAGAACGUAAGAAAUGGAUACAUUGUUUCGAUAAUGUUACCGCCAUCAUAUAUAUGGUGGCCAUUUCCGAAUACGAUCAAUUCUCCUUGGACUCGAAACAUGGCAAUAGUCUUAAAGAAUCUAUUGAACUUUUGAACUCAAUUAUGUCUUUUCAAUAUUUCCAAGACACAGCACUUAUUAUAGUUUUUAAUAAAUUGGAUAUAUUUGAGGAAAAGAUCACCUACUCACAUUUGGCCGAUUAUUUUCCUGAAUACUCCGGAUCACCGUAUGAUCCGCAAGAAGCUCGUUCUUUUAUUGCCAACAUUUUUUUGAGAACCAUACCUACAAAGCGAAGGAUCCAAAAGAAGGAACAAAAUUAA